CCUCAAGACACACACAGGAAGCCUUAUAUCGCAUUACAAGUUCUGCCAGGAUAGUCAUUCAAUCAGAUGAGAACAGCGGUAUUCAUGCAUCAAGGAAUUUUGGGUUUUCCAAUGCAGUUUCUGGAUCAUGGAUUUACCUUGAAGCAUUUUUAAAGAUUUAUUAGCAUGCAAAAACGGUGCCAUGCUGAUCGCAUUGUCGACGGAGGCGUGUCGUGUGUGUGUGUGUGUGUGUGUGUGUGUGUGUGUGUGUGUGUGUGUGUGUGUGUGUGUGUGUGUGUGUGUGUGUGUGUGUGUGUGUGUGUGUGUGUGUGUGUGUGUGGGUCAAAGUGUUCUCCAGGAUCUGCUUUAUUUCACAGUCACCGAUCAUGAGCGCUUCAUUGUGGACUCUCGUCUCUGAGCUCUCCCCUCUUUAUGCAUGGGUCAUGUAGUCUAAACUCAUUCAGUGGAUUCUAUUUCGAAAGAGUUGAGCAGAUUUUGGGGGUUUGGAUGAUGUUUUUAAUAACACUUUUAUCAGCUUUUGUGCUGUGUGGAUCUCAAUACUCCAGUGACCAGUGCAACUGGAGAGGAAGUGGUCUAACGCACGAGUCUCAUGCUCGGGAUGUAGAACAGGUAUAUCUGCGCUGUGCUGAAGGUUCCUUAGAGUGGCUCUAUCCUACAGGAGCCAUCAUCAUCAACCUCAGGCCCAAUCUGCAGUCGAGGCCUGGCAGAUACCUCCACGCCUGCAUCAAACCUCGGGCAGACUCGCAGGGGGCCUUGCUGUACGUGGAGCGAGCCGGAGAGCUGAGACCGCUGCUGUCCGAAGCAGAGCAGGCCGCCGGUCGUGUGCGCUGUUUUAGUCUCCGUGAGGGGGCGCUGUUUGUGGAGGCGUCCACUCUGCAGGACAUCAGCAAGAGAAUCACGGCGUUUCAGUAUCAGCUGAUAUCAACAGAGACACCAGAGGACGAGCUCUACUUGCCUACAGCUGCAUGCCGGCCCUGCACUGAUCAAGAGGUGUUAAUGGCUCUCUGCACCAGUGACUUUGCGGUGCGCGGCAGUAUUCAGAGCGUUGAGGAGGAGCAUGAUGAAGAUCGGGCAUCGGCGGUGGUGUCAUUGAGUCGCGUGUAUCGUCAGAAGAGUCACUUGUUUGUGUCUGGCGGUGGGGGGCGCGGCCGCUGGACGGGUCGCAUGAAGAUUCCCCAGGUGUGCGGCCCGCGGGCGGGACAGAGCGAGUUUCUUUUCACAGGAGCGGUGAGAUUCGGAGAAGCAUGGCUAGAAUGUGCUCCACAUUAUAAAGACUUCAUCAAACUCUAUCGGUCGGCUCUGGACUCAGGAACAAACCCCUGCCAUAUAGACACAGACUGAGAACGCUUGCACAGAGCUGCAAACACAAUGCCAGAGACAAAUGGAGAUUUUGGGUGAACCCGUCAGGGACCGGUUUGCUUCCUCACUUAAAGUGGUCCGACUUCAGAACUGGUGAAUCUCAGAAACGCAUGACUAGAACGUACUUUACCCCAUAAUGAAAAGAGAGAACAUUUCAUGACAAUUAUAACCCAAUUCCCAAUUGAAAACUCAAAUUAUUAAAAUUAUUUUGGGUUCCCUCGCAAAACAAAACUAAUCAUAAUCAAUCUGCAAAAUAAAUAAAGAUGGUUACUUCAGUUUUACUAUAGUAAAACCUGGUUAAUUUUCAUAAGGGCAUGUUUUUUUGGUGGAAACCAUGUUUUUUUUUUUGUUUGGUGAUUUUUAUUACCAUAGUUUUGGUUUAAAUGUAUUAUUACUAUGGUUUUAUCAUAGACUGUAAAAAAGAUGGCCGAUGCCCCUUCGCUCUUUUCCAUUGGUGAGAACUGAAGCCGCCAGUGUCCCGAUAUGGCGCUGACAUCUUGGGACUUGAGUCUGCGCAGUUGCGAUUUCGGGACCAGACCUGCGCAGUAGUGAGCAGGAAGUAAAGCCGCGAAAUCAAGUCCCCGCCCUCACUCUCGCCGAAUCAAUCGCAAGCACACGCCCCUUUUGACACUUUGACUUAUGACGGUGUGAAAUAAUUAAUUAUAGAAAUUUAGAUAUUAAAUUUAAAGCUCCAAUCUCCUCAGUCCUCCAAAGAUCCCAAAAAAAAGUCAGUUGGUGCUUCAGUGACUACUUCGCUCAGAGAACCUGUCAAUCAUGAUGUCACAGCAGCGUUUUUAUAGCAUCAAAUAACUAAAAACAAACUUAUUUUGAAAACAAACACUUGAAAUGACAUCAACGUGAUAGUUUCUGUCAUUUACUGUCGUUUCUAACUUUGGAAAAAAGAUAUGUGAUGUGUAAUUUAAUUGUUUAGUUGGUCUCACGUCCCGUUGAAUAACAUGGGGAGGCGGGGUUUAUGACCUAUACUAGGACCAGCUACCGGGGGGCGAUCGAGACGUUUUGGCUUCACUUUUGAGGGCUUGUGCAGCACACUUGGGUUUUACUAUGAAUAUCAUUGAUUAAAUAUGGUUACUGUAGUAAAACUGCUCAUUACAUUUAGGGACGAAUAAAGCUAUUGCAAAGGAACCCAAAAUAAUUGUGAAGGAACGCAAAACUAUUUCAGAAAACAAAUACCCUUCCUGUCCGAGGCCUAGUAAAGUGCUUCAGAUGGAGUGGUCGGAUCUCAAGUGUGAGAUAAACACUGAUAGGCCCUCUCUGAAGUUGUUCUCCUUGGUUACAGAAGUGUCUUUGUUUGUUCUUGUUGUCUGAUUUCUCACCUCUCAAAGUGAUACUGAGGAAGUUUGUUGUAACACUUGUGUGUAUCUGUCAACUCUUGCCUGCACGCGUAUGUGCAGGAGGAGGUUGCGGUGCUUUUGUGAAAAGCUUUGUUUAUAGUUAGAGCGGUCAAUUCUUCUGACUGAGUUCUUGAACGGUGUGUUUAAGGGUAAGUUUGUACAUGUGCAUUUUGUGUAUAUGUUGUAUUUGUGUAUGAGUUGUAUUGUUCUGUUGCAUCAAAAUGAGAUUCCAAUUUCUGAGGAAUUAAACAUUCUUAAUGGAAACAUUGUGACAUAUUUAUAUUUUAGAAAUGCUUCUAGCGAUUCAUGUUCAAUUUAAUGCAAGUAUGCAUUGUGUUCUCAGCAUGGCCACAAGGGGUGCUAUAGGAAACAUUAGCACAAACUGCUUUCAUCGGUC